AGCGAUACAGAGUACAGACGUAUAGCCAGCCAUCUUCAUUUUCAGCAUUUCACUGUGAGAAGUUAGAAAUUGAGAAUGUUGAAGCUACUUCCAUGGCGUCGUUGGAGCCUAGACUUCAGAAUAUCUGCUAUACCUUCCCCGUUCCUCACCACUAUUUCCCGUUUCCUCACACACUCUCAAUCUCUAGGAGAACAACAAGGAUAUAUAUCGGACCCGCCAUUUUCUUCGACCACCACCAAAACCCUAAAACCACUGAAGACCAAAAAGAAGAAGAGUACAAAAACCUCACCCAGCAAUAAUUCUCAAAACUCUCCGGUGAGCUCCGAUCUGCCUUUUGAUUUCCGGUAUUCUUACUCGGAGACCAACUCCGCUAUUGAGCCUAUCGGAUUCCGUGAGCCACCCAAAUUCUCUCCGUUUGGUCCUGGACGCCUCGAUAGGAAAUGGACUGGGACUUGUGCCCCUGCACAAAGGCCUCCGGACUUGGAGAAGGUUGCCGAGGAGCGGCAAUCAGUUCUCGGAGAAUCGCUGUCGGAGGAGGAAAUUGCAGAGCUUGUUGACAAGUACCGUUACAAUAACUGCUCUCGCCAAAUCAAUCUGGGGAAGGGUGGAGUUACACACAAUAUGCUGGAAGACAUCCACAACCACUGGAAGAGAGCUGAAGCUGUUAGGAUCAAGUGCUAUGGAGUACCAACUCUCGACAUGGAUAAUGUUUGCUUCCAUCUUGAGGACAAGUCCGGUGGCAAAAUUGUAUAUCGCCACAUAAAUGUCCUACUUCUUUUUCGUGGUCGAAACUAUGAUCUGAAAAAUAGGCCAACCAUUCCCUUGAUGCUGUGGAAGCCAUAUGCACCUAUUUUCCCAAAGCUAGUGAAGAAUGUUGCUGAUGGCCUGACAUUUGAAGAAACUAAGGAAAUGAGAACCAGAGGGCUCAACUCUCCUCCCCUAACAAAACUCACUAGGAAUGGUGUCUAUAUAAAUGUGGUUGAAAAAGUUAGGGUGGCAUUUCAAACAGCAGAACUAGUAAGAUUAGACUGCUCCCAUGUUGGAACAAGUGACUGCAAGAAGAUCAGUGUUAAAUUACGGGAUUUGGUACCUUGUAUUCCAAUCUUGGUUAAGGAUGAACAAAUUAUACUUUGGAGGGGAAAGAGGGAUGAAGAUCAGAACUGUGGUUCAUCAACAGAACUUGCAAAGUGCAAACAUACCUAAAUUAUAGACAUGUUAGACAUGUGUUAGGGAUUUUGUUAGCCUCCCAUAUAUAGCAAGUUAAAUUGCACAACAGGAAAUAGGUUUUGCACUACUUCCAUGGCUGCCUCUAUGUCCAGAACUGUAGGAGUCCCUUUUUUUUUUUUUUUUUACAUUGCCGGGAGGAAGAGGGGUGCCUCAUCUAAAUCUGGGGAAGAGGCAGUCACCAUGAAGUGACUUAUUCUAGUUCUAAUGUUUGAACUAGGGACCAAAUAUGUGUUUUUCCUAUCAAAUAAUAAAUUUAUAAUGACUUUGAGUUGAAAAGGAA